CGCGGCUAAUAUUGCGGCCGAUGUGAAAUCGAGCUUCGAGAAUGUUCUCGAAAAUUGCGUCUUCAUUGAUGACCGACGCGAGACGGUGUUUUAAUUUUUUAUCCUCCUGCUAAUCUUCAUUUUAUAAACUCCCACACUAAUCGUAUUUUGUAGAAAUAUUACAAUAAGAAAAGGAAUGAGAAAGAGAGAGAGAGCGUCAAAUUAGAAGUUGCAAGGAUUUCAAUGAUGAAAAGAUCUUACUUUGUUGGAAGCAUAUAGAAUUGAAUAGAAACGUGCAAUAAUCAGAAAAUGGAACAUCUUGUCCAUUUGUAACACGAGAAAAACGAACUUAUCAAAUUACAACAAUUUUUAAAUUGUAUUGCUAUAUAAGGCUACGUACGAUCUGCGUGUUUCGUCUGUAAAAGCAAAUGUAUAACUUGAAUCAGAACUAAACGAUUUUAUAUGAUGCCAACUAGCUUUUAAAACUUUCUUACGAAAUUUUCGUCAUGCAAUCACUCUAAACGGCCAAUGUGGGAAAAAUUAUGAGCAGAGAGCGUCUUUUCGUUCGCAACUCGCAACAGUAAGUAACAUCGAUCGAAUGUUGUGUCGGGGCAGUUUUUUACGUAAAUAUAAGCCGACAGGAAAUAAAGCGCGUUGUUAUAGCAACUAUCCGUAAUAUCUGAUCAUUGAAUCUAAUAGUGGCUUGGAAAAAUCGAUUGGCACUGACGUUUACAGCGGUCGUUUGUGAUCGCUCAGAGCUCUCAAUCGGCGUGUGCAGUGACAUAACCUCGCGCACAAACGUUAUGCAAAAUGUUACGUUUGUGCAGUUUGAAAUUAUACUCGGUAGUUAGCAGUGUAAGAACGUCGGCCGCGCUUACUAGAAAAUUAUGUUUUACAAGUAGAGGAUUCAAGAAUACGCUUCAUCCAAACUAUAUAGGUUAUGUUCAUAUGUGUAUGCCGCAGCGUACACUAUCAACUUAUCCGCUGCAUGGUUUGUUGAAUGAAAUAUUUUCUUAUUGUCCACCAACUGUGGCGACAAUUGCAAAAGAAAAAUAUAAAAAACAUGGCAAAUCUAAUAAAAGACAUUUCAAAUACCUUCGACUGUUUUUGAGUGCUUUUGGGCUUACAGUAGCAUCUUGCGAUUAUAAAGUAUCUUUGCAUCAUAAAGAGAACAGAUUUCUACAUGCUGCCCAGUAUGGUGAUGUUUCGGAAUUGAAAAAAAUGAUUAAAGAUGGCAUUAAUGUAAAUGCCAGGCACUCAUUGGGUUGGACAGCGUUACAGGUUGCUGCUGUAAAUGGACAAGCUGAGAUCCUAAAAAUUCUGUUGGAUAGUGGUGCUGAUAUAAAUGCAGGAGAUGAUUUUGUUAGCACAAAUAGACUUGCCAUGCAAAAAGGUCUAGAUUUUAUGGAAGUUCUUAUGAAGAGAGAAGAAGAAUUCUCUGAUCAACUAAACAACAGGGCUACUUUUCAAGGUUUCACAGCAUUACAUUAUGCUGUGUUGAUUGAUUCAAAAGCAUGUGUGAAGAUAUUGUUGGACAAAGGAGCAGAUCCAACAAUAGAGAAUGAAGGAGGACAUCGACCGAUUGAUUAUGCUAAAGAAGGAGAAAUUAAGGAAAUGCUUCUAGAGUAUUCUACUAAAUAUGGUGAAUUAUUGAAAGAAAAAGAAGCAGAGGAACGACGUAGAUUUCCGCUUGAGCAACGUUUGAAGCAACAUAUUGUAGGACAGGAAGGAGCAAUUUCUAUUGUUGCUUCUACUAUCAGAAGGAAAGAAAAUGGUUGGAUAGAUGAAGAACAUCCACUAGUAUUUCUUUUCCUGGGUUCAUCAGGUAUUGGUAAGACAGAAUUAGCUAAGCGGUUGGCAGCUUAUAUUCACAAGAAUAAACCCAACGAUUUUAUUCGACUGGAUAUGUCUGAAUACCAAGAGAAGCAUGAGGUUGCAAAAUUAAUUGGAGCACCACCAGGAUAUGUAGGACACGAUAAUGGUGGGCAAUUGACAAAACUUUUAAGAAAGUGUCCCACUGCUGUUGUAUUAUUCGAUGAGGUUGAUAAAGCACAUCCCGAUGUCUUAACUGUACUGUUACAACUCUUUGAUGAGGGAAGAUUAACCGAUGGUAAAGGAAAAACAAUCGAAUGCAAAAAAGCUAUUUUCGUAAUGACAUCAAAUUUAGCAAACAAAGAGAUUGCUGAGCACGCACUGCAACUCAGAGCAGAAUCUGAUAGACUGUUAAAACAUAGAUUUGAAAAUACUUCCGAUGAAGAUCAGGAGCCGGAACGUAUUGAAAUAACUCGUAAUUUCAAAGAUCAAGUGGUACGACCAAUAUUGAAAGCGCAUUUUCGAAGGGACGAAUUUCUAGGAAGAAUAAAUGAGAUUGUGUACUUCCUGCCAUUCUCUCGGUCGGAAUUAAUAAAAUUAGUUACUCGAGAAUUGGAAGCAUGGGCUGUACGUGCAAAAGAAAGACAUAUGAUCGAGUUGAAGUGGGAAAGAGAUGUCUUGUCAGUAUUAGCGGAUGGAUACGAUGUCCAUUAUGGUGCUCGUUCCAUCAAGUAUGAAGUAGAAAGGCGCGUUGUUAACCAGUUAGCUGCAGCCCACGAACGAGGGCUAAUUAGUAAAAGUUGCUGUGUAUUAUUGAAAACCCAGCAGCAUGAGAAGAGUAAGAGUAUAGCUCUUUCUGUUCGACAAAAAGGCUCAAAAAAUUUUGUCGAUAUCGGAGAAAUAGAUAACACAGUCAAAAAUAUGAAAUUAAAAUUCUAAUAAUACAAUUGCCAUAGAACAUAAACCCUUUAGUUAAUUUAAAAGUGAGUACAUGACUAAUGUCACGAUAUUGUAUACAAAUUACGAUAUUGUAUACAAAUUUAUAAGUUGCAUUUCCCUUUCUUUAAUUUUUAUAAGAUUUAUUCAAUCUAAAUCUUAAUUAUUUUGCAGUUAAUUAACAAAUAUUUCGAUUAUCCAUCACUACUUAAUAUUUUAGAAAUUAUACUAUUUUCCUUGUUUACAAUAAUUAUAUUUAUCUUUACAAUUUUGCUUUAUAUAUGUGUUUGACGAGAUAAACAUAUUACCUGAAAUUAUAAAUUUACCAGUCAAUAUAUUUUAACAUUCUGGUCACACAAUGUAAUAUGUAUAGGUAAAACAUAAACAAAUUUAUUUCUGAUAUUGUAAUAGAGUAUCUGACUGAAUGUGAUAUUAAAUAAAGAAAAAUAAAAGGUAUUUUUUUUAAUAAAAAAUAAAAUGUA